CGGGUUGAGAAUCACACGGUCUGGGAGCGCACGCACAGAGAUGAGAGUCACGUGAGGCUCUGAACUCAACACUAUGGCUUCUGAGGACAACAAAAUAUUCUCGACUUCUUAGGAAAUUAUUGUGCGGUUAUGGUGGUUCUUAAAGUACUGGAAAUACAAUUUAUACAUCACGCAAACAUGGGACUUGGCAUCGUAACGGCAGCUGUUCCAGAGCUCAGUUGCUGACAAGCAGCAAACAGUGCAGAGCUUCUUACAGGGGCGUACAAAGGCCACAGUCUGGUUAACUGAAAGAGAUAAUGGAGUGGUUAGCGCCAGCCUUGGAAAGGGACCUGGGUAUUGAUCAGCGGCAGACUAGACCCAGUCAGCGACCCAAUGAACUGGUGGUCCUGGUCCCAACUCGCUGGGUAAUGGCCCUGAGAAACAGGAGAGUUACUCGAUGUGCAAGAUAUGAGUGCUUUAGUGAGGGGGAAAUAUGCACUCUUCUCCAGCGCUCUCAGAUGAAAUUGCCAUCUGGUUGGACACGUGUUUGUAUCCAAGGCCUUAGAAAGCGCAAACUGGGAUACCGAUUAGCCAGGGAGCCAGGCUGCCAUGGGGAGGGACUCUCUCGGGACUCUUUCAUGACUCUGAUGCAGGGAGUAUCCCAGUCUAAUUUAAGAAAUCUGUGGCGUGAAGCUUACAUGAACCAUGUGCAACCAUAUGCAGAUUUGAUUGAGCAGACACCUGUUUUGGCCAUAGAUGCUGUUCGGCAAGCCUUGCAGAAACUGUUUUGCUCCAGCUUUAUCUCUACCGAUCGAGUGUCACCGUCCCUCUCUCCAGCCAAAGAGAAGGAGAAAGACUGCCCAUUCCCAUCCGGCAGCUCAGCCCCCAAACAAAGUACUGACAGUUUGUGUCCAAAUGUGCUUCCUGUAGAAUGCUUGUUGGAGUCAGAGGAGGUUCUUUACAUGGUUUUCCCAUACACACAGUACACUGUUCAUGACAUUGUCACAUACAGUCCAGCUAAGCUGGCUAAUAGCCACGCUAAGAUAUUGUUCAUUUUGUACCAACUACUCAUAGCAAUGCGCGAAUGUCAUGCCUCAGGGCUAUUGUGUGGCGAACUCUCCUUACUUGACAUUGCAAUUGAUGAGCAGCUCUGCAGUCGCCUAAAGGUCUCACUGGCGCAUUAUGAAAAGUUUGGAGAAUACAGGGAUGAUGUGUCGUAUGCAUUAGAAGGUAGAGUGCCAACAAGUGUUACAGCAAAAGACAAUCAGAGUCAUAACAGUGGUGUGAGUGAACAGCUUUGUCAAAAUUGUCUGGAUGAGCUCAAAUCCCUGGUCCUAGACUGGGUCAACGGUCGAGUCAGCAACUUCCAAUAUCUGAUGGAAUUAAAUCGACUGGCUGGGAGGCGUGAGGGAGACCCAAACUAUCACCCGGUUUUACCUUGGGUGGUCGAUUUCACUGUGCCAUAUGGAAGAUUUCGUGAUCUCAAGAGGUCGAAAUUUCGUCUGAAUAAGGGUGAUAAACAACUGGACUUCACGUACGAAAUGACCAAAGAAGCACUAGCAGCAGCUAAUGGAAGUGGUGGAAGCAAUUUUGCCUCAGAUAUUGGUGGACCAGUAGUACCUGGUGGCUCAGGACAGUCGGAUCACCUCCACGUUCCCCAUCAUAUCUCAGAUGUUCUGUCAGACAUCACUUAUUAUGUCUACAAAGCUAGACAGACGCCCAAAUCUGUACUGUGUAGCCAUGUUCGUUCCCAGUGGGAGCCCAAUGAAUAUCCAGCUAGUAUGGAACGUAUUCAGAGUUGGACCCCAGAUGAAUGCAUUCCAGAAUUUUACACUGAUCCUUCUAUAUUCCACUCCAUUCACCCAGACAUGCCAGACCUUGAUGUACCUCCAUGGUGUAACUCCUAUGAAGAGUUUAUUUCUGUGCAUAGACAACUGCUAGAGAGUCGAGAAGUGUCUCAACAGUUGCAUCACUGGAUUGACCUAACGUUUGGCUAUAAGCUAUCAGGUAAAGAAGCAGUCAAAGCUAAGAACGUGUGCUUGCACUUGGUGGAUAACCACACCCAUCUCACCAGCUACGGAGUUGUGCAACUGUUUGAACACCCUCACCCACCUCGUCUUGCACCUUACCAGUAUUCACCUCCAGAACCUCCUCAUUUUGGUCCUGUGAACGUAACAACAUGGCAGAUUCCACCACUUGAAACCAUGCUGGAUGGUGUGGAUGGAUUGGUCCCAGAGGCAACAGGAUGUGAAUCCAGUGGCUGGUCAGUGGUAGGCAGAGACGAGGAGCUUGAGCAAGCAAUGGAAGCUCUUGACUUAAGUGGCUCAUCAUCAUCUACUUCUGUUCCAAUCCCUAUGGUUGGUUCUAGUGGAAAGUCCAGUGGGGAGAGUGUUUCUUUGGCUGUGUCUCCUUCUCAUGGUUCUCUCCCUGGUGAAACACCUGGAAAUGUCACGAAUACCCUAGGAUCAGGUAUUAGAACAUCCAUGCUUCACAGAGCAGCGUCAAUUAGUAAAAAGCCAGAAGCUUCUAAUUUUGAGAAUUUCAAGAUAAGCCUGCCAGAGGGAUUCAAACCUCUGCAACCUUUGGAAGAGUUAGAAAAGCUCAACAUCUUCUUGGUGAAAGGUCUACACUCCCAAGCCCAUCAUACAACAGGACUUGACAUGAACCAGAAAGACUUAAGACCUGUAAUGAAAGUUCCUCUGUCAUUCACAGAUCUUUUCCAGAGAGAUAUGCAAGCCUUGGGUGUUCUCAUCGCUGAGAUCUUUUAUUCCUCCAAACUGCGAGGACUGAGUCCAGGAACACAUCUGAGUGAUCGGUUUCAAGCAGUAUUAAAGCUGUGCUUUACAAACCUUCGAGAUGUUCCACUACCACUCCAUCAUGCACUGGAGACUCUUCUGCAGGUCCACAAACAUUGUUCCAAGACAGAAAUAUUUACAAUACACCCACAAGGACUACCGUUUCUGUUCAAAUAUGACCCUAUUUAUGAGGGUCUUCCACCACCAAACCCUUGGCAACUGCUUAGCCCUGUCUUGUCCCCUCUACCCUUUCCAGCAUAUUUCCCAACACUGCAUAGAUUUAUAUUCUCCUACCACUCCAAGAUGGAGUCCAUUAACAGUAUCCAGGGCCGCGACAUUGUGUUCAACUUAUGGCAACAGUUGGAGACACUUCUAAAGGGUGACAUAACUGCAGAGGGCCUUGAGAUUCUUCUACCCUUUGUGCUUUCUUUGAUGUCCGAGGAGUCCACCGCUGUUUAUGCGGCCUGGUACUUAUUUGAGCCUGUGUCCAGGGUUCUUGGGCCUCGCAAUGCCUCCAAGUACCUACUAAAGCCUCUGAUAGGGGUGUACGAGAAUCCCCGAUGCCUUCGAGGCCGCUUCUACCUCUACACGGAUUGCUUUGUACUGCAGCUUAUCGUAAGGCUUGGUUUGCAGGCCUUUCUUUCCAGCCUUCUUCCACAUUUUCUGCAGGUCAUCACUGGCUUUGAAAGCUGCAAUACAGCAGGAGGGACUGAAUGGGAGGGCUUGAAGGUUUUAAGGGGAGCUGCUGGUUCCUUAGAUGAGGAAGAGGAGGACUAUGAGUGUGAGGACGGGAGGUCGUCUACUGCCACAUCUUCUGGCAAAGUAGGAGGAGGCAGUGGAGGUGCUAGUGGAGGCGUUGGUGUUGUUGGAGACCAAGGACUUGUGGAUUACUCAUCAGGCAUCAGCCUUAAUGACCAGGUUUUUCUGACUGAAGGUGAGGACUUUCAGAAUGGCUUUUAUGUGAAUAAUAAUGCAUCUGGAGCUGCCAAACAGCAGAACCAAUGCUCAGCAAAUAAAGACCAAGACCAGGAAUCUCUCAGUGUGGGGAAACUGAGCGACAAGAGCAGCGCUAGUGAGGUGUCCAUUGGAGACCGGGCAAGUUUAAAAUCUGCUGACAGCUGUCAGGACCUGAAGCAAACUAGUGAUGGUGAGGAUGGUGGAGAGCUUGAGGAUGAGGAGGAGACAGUAGAAGACAGAGAGAGUACAGUGCAAAGGGUGCCCAGUCUAGAGAUGACUCUUUCAGUCUGCACAGAGGAGUCUGAGGCAACCGUGGCCACACUUGAGGGAGACAUCAUGAAUGGAAUUGCGCAAGAAGAUGCAGAGAAAAACAUGGAGGAAGAAGAGACUGAACAUGACACUUUAGAGGACUCUGAGGAAAAAGAACACAAGAUAUUAUUAGACACUGUUUGCAAAACUGUCAGAUGGCUGUCUGCAAAACUGGGGCCGACAUUGACAUCUCGAUUCAUCGCUAGGAACCUGCUGCGAUUACUUACUUCAUGUUACAUAGGUCUUGACAAACACCAGUUCAUGCUCUCUGCGAAUGAGGAAAAUAGCCUUGAAAGCAUAGGAAGUGUAUAUGAAAAGAAACCAGUUGUUGGUGACCAGACUGCACGACCAGUUCUCGAGUGUCUUAUUUACAUAGCGCAUCUCUACGGAGAACCAGUGUUGACUUACCAAUAUCUACCUUACAUUGGUUACUUGGUCUCUCCACCUUCUUCUUGCCGUUUGAACACUCGAAAGGAGGCUGGGCUUUUGGGUGCUGCAGUACUCACUCAGAAGAUUAUAGUGUUCCUGUCAGACACCACUCUAAUGGACAUGCUGAUGAAGAUUAACCAGGAGGUUCUGCUGCCUCUGCUGGAUUUAUUAACAUCAACUAAGAUGGGCUUUCCUAGUGGAGUGCAGACUCGUUCCGCAUUGUGUCUGAAGACCCUGAGCCUCAUGGCACUGAUCUGCCUGCGUAUUGGCCGAGAGAUGGUACAGCAGAACAUGGCAGAAACCCUCCGUAGGUUCUUCCAAGUUUUCUCCUUCCUGAACUGUCUGCAAAAUCAGAUGGGAAGUGCCCCACGGAGGGAGGUUGGAGACUGCACAUACCUAGACGUGUGCAUUCCAGACGGAACAGAGGUUACUUGUGAGCUUGGGGUUUUGGAGGAACUUCAGGCUGUGUUUAAUCCUGAAAUGGCAUAUGCAUCUUACAUUCCUUUCUACUGUCUCGUUGGUGAUGCAGCAAUUCGCAAACUGGUUCUCAAUCACGAGCUAGUUUGGAGUCUUGCCCAAUCAUAUCAUGAACGAGCAAGUCCAGGUAGCCCAGAAGCCAACCCAGUUGGAGGACAGAGAACAUCUGCUACGGGCCUCUCUCCUAGUAUGGGCCGCCAUAUGGGUCGUAGUCCCUUCCCUGCUCCCUCAUCCACUUCCACACCACUAGGUGGAGACAUCCUGCCUGAGUCAGGAACCUUUGGCAGUCAUCUGGUGGGAAACCGUAUCCAGGUACCCCGGGACACUGAAGCCUGUGGGAGUCCAAACUUGUCCUCUUUGGAAACAUGGACGAGGCCUUAUGGUAGCAAUGCUCCUCAGACGAGUCUAGCCACCACUACACUUUCCUCAGCUGGACCUUCUUUCUCUCACUCCUCAUACUCUUGGGUCCUGGGAUCCACUCCGGAGGACAGCGCACUGAAACAGGACCUCCCACGCAGCAGCCGCUCCCUGCAGGGUAACUGGCUUGCAUACUGGCAGUAUGAGAUUGGCCUUAACCAGCAGGACUUGCAUUUCCACUUCCACCAGAUCCGUCUUCAGAGCUUCUUGGGCCACUCGGGCACUGCAAAAUGUCUGGCACCACUAGCAGGGGAGGACUAUUUCCUGUCUGGGAGUAAAGACAAAACUGUAAGGCUGUGGCCGCUUUAUAACCACGGUGAUGGCACACGAGAGGUUGAACCCCGACUCACAUACGCAGAGCACCGCAAAUCUGUGUUUUAUGUUGGCCAGCUAGAGGCCUUACAGGAAGUGGUGAGCUGUGAUGGAACUGUGCAUCUGUGGGAUCAAUUCACAGGUAAGAAUUUACGCUGUAAUGAACCUCUGGACGGGAAGAACCCUAUCACAGCCGUCACCACAAUGCCUGCUCCUCACUGCAGCAUAGUGUUUGCUAGCGCUGACUCUGUGCUGCGUUUUAUAGACCCGCGCAAACCUGGCUUGCAGCAUGAGUUCCGUCUAGCCUACAGUAACAUGAACGCUGGGCUGAUCCGCUGCUUGGCUGUCAGUCCGGGGGGCCGCACUGUGGCGGCAGGUUUCUCCACUGGAUUCAUAGUGCUGCUGGAUGCAAGAACGGGUCUGGUGCUAAGAGGCUGGCCUGGUCACGAGGGAGAUAUACUGCAAAUGAAAGCAACAGAGGGAAAUUUGCUCAUUAGUUCUUCAUCUGACCACACAUUGACCGUUUGGAAAGAUGUGGAGCACAAGCCACUCCACCAGUACAGGACUCCAUCCGACCCCAUCCAUGCAUUUGAUCUCUACGGUGCUGAGAUUGUGGCAGGAACUGUUGCCAACAAGAUCGGGGUGUACUCCAUUCUGGACAGCACAGCCAACCUGGUGGGAUCCACCAAGCUCAGCUCAGAGAACUUUCGUGGGACUCUCACAAGUCUGUCUGUGCUGCCCACCAAGAGACUUCUGCUGCUCGGCUCUGACAACGGUGCCAUCAGGCUGCUGGCUUAAACGAACAAGUGUUGUGUUGCUUUUUCAGAAUAUAAUAUAUUCCUUGUGCCACUUUUGGCUCCUUCCCCAGAAUGAAACAAUCUUGCCAACCAUGCACAAAGAAACCUGUUUCAGUUGUAGAAGGAGCAAGCCUGAUAUUUCCAUAUUAACCUCGCUGAAAAAGAACUUGCGACCUCGCUCUUUAGUUAGUAACCAAAACUGAAUAUUGCCUCCGAUUCAUACAAUCAAAAGAAUGGUCUUUUUUUUAUGAUUUUUAGGGUUCAUGUGAUAUAACUGCACUAGCUGCUUUGUAUGUAAGAAUCGACUCAAAAAAGUCAAAUGAAUGGACUCUUAUAUGCAUGCAUGAGAUGAGCUGCUCAGGAAAGUUCAAGUGUGGUUCUAGUGUAGCAUUUACACUUUCCAUUAGACGAGUGAAAUCACCAAAAACAACACUGUGAGAAUCACAGGUUAGACUAUGUUGAUCAUAUCAUAUGAUUCGAUUCACCAGACUUGCUCAGCAACUAUGCAGUAUUCAUGGUAGACGUUUAUAGUGCACCAUGUUUGGCACUUUUUUCUAUACUACGCAGUACGUUUCUACAUCCACGUCAAUGGAGCAUAAUGAACAAGACAAUGUGACCUUGGUCAAGUCCAAGAUGAGUCUUCAUUCUGUUAUUGUACACUGACUAAGAGUGUAAACACCUAAUAUGCAAUGGGGUGGUCCUGAAUCCUGAAUUUGGACCCUCUUGACAUUUAAAAUGUAUCUAACGACUAUUUAGAUCAAUUUGAUGCUUUAUUAACCUUGAUGAUGUAUUAAUUCAUUUGUUUGUCACAUCAAACCCAGGUCAAGUGACAUGUUACAUUUUACACACAACAUACUGUAUGUAUGUUUGUAUAUACAUACACAUUUAUAUAUUAAUGAUAUACGAGAUAUAUAUCUUUGUUGAGCCUAAUGCUUAUGAUCUUAAAGAAUACUUUUUUGCAACAUCCUUGAAUAGAUAUGAACUAAAAUCUAACCUAUUUAAUUUAUUACUGGAAUGCUUUAUGUAAAACAUUAUCGUCUCUAGACAUUCCGUAUAUACAACGUUAGAAUAUUUAGUGAGAAUUUAUUCAGAUUUCUAAAACAUGCGUCACUGGCUCUCUAAUUCACCACAAUAUAUUUUCUGAAACCCACUAGCUGUCAGGUUUGGAGAAUUGGCUUGUGAAUUAUGAGUUCUGAUAUGAGUUCAGGUCUUUAUUAUAACUGAUUAGUGUUCUAGUUUUCAUUUUGAAAAGCACAUUAUUUUAUGUUACUAAGUAGAGGUUUUCAUUGAAUCCUGUAUGGUCAGACAAUUUGGAAAAGUGGAUAUUGCUUCAUAUCUGACUCCUCAUAAGUAUUUAAAAAUGCAGUUGGUUAUUAUUUCACUAUUAUUCAUGCUAAAUAUAAUAUCCAUUUGAGAUUUGGCAAACAUCUGUCUGAUAUAACACAAGCAGCACACUGUCUAAAACCACACUGGCCAUUGCUCUUUUGUAUUUCAUUGUGAGUAUUUUUCUUCUUUAUUUUUAAAAUGUGACCUUUUUCUAUAUACUCACUAAAAUGAACCUUUUCAAUGAUUUAAAGUAAAAGAAAUAGAUAAUAAA